GCAGGUUCUGCUCAGGCAGCUUCUGGCGGCUCCAUUCGCUUUGCCCAUCAGCCGGGGUGGCCCGGGACUUGCGGCUGUGCUCGGUGUCCUUUCACAAGGCGGCGGUGCAGAUUGUGCUAUAAUUGCUGUCUAUUCUAGCGGCUGAGGGAGUGUUUUCAGGACUCCUAUCACUUGCUGAGCUUGUUCAUCUAGUUACAGAAGAGGAAAGUUUACCGGCGAGGCAUGGUGGACGGAUAGUAGGCUGCUGAUCACAGUGUGCGGUAUACGUGGGGAUCUGGUAUUGAUUGUAUCUCGGGCUUUGGAUUAGUAAGCGAUUUACAGGAUCGUACGGAUUUACUAACGACCACGGACGAUGAGCCUUGCUGCAGACUGGCACCUAGCUCCUGCCUAGAGAUUGUGGAAUCAGGCAGACACCUAGGUGCAGUGAUUAAUGAAAAGAACAAAGAUCUCAGUCUAUCCAGAUUUUCAACUCCAUAGUUUGAAAGCCACAUCUCCAAGGCAUGAUUUUUACCUGGGACCAGACUCAUUUUCUAGCUGAAAUCUCAAGUUUUAGAUCUGAAAUUAUACAUGAAGUUUUAACAUUUUGACUACCAUGACAGUACCGGCUCUGGAGCUUAGGAAGUUGUUUUUGCAUAAAUCUGAAGCUUGGAUGACAAACUCUCUAUACGUUUGUAACUGAUGUAAAGCUAACAAAUUUCCAUGGAUGGGACAGUGGUGGUUUGGUUCCAGUCCUCGAUGUCAGUGUGGAUUAUGGGUGUGUUUGCUUCAUAUGGACUGCAUUGCCUAUUAGGAAGAAGAUGACAGACUUUUUUAUUUAAAUGCAAGGAUGCUACGCCGAGGGCUACUAAGUUGGGUUUUUCGGGUGGGGAUCGUACUUGUCUGCCUUUGCUGUAUUGUGUCAGUAUUAUAUAUGCUGGCUUGCACUCCAAGAGCUGAGGAUGAACAGCUCUUACUUUUACGUGUUAAUAACCCCACAGGAAAAGAAGGCUACCGUGCCAUCCUGCAGGAGCGUGAGGAAGAACAUCGAAACUAUAUUACCAGCUUGAAAAAGCAAAUUGCUCAAUUGAAGGAUGAGCUUCAAGAACGCAGUGAACAGCUUAAAAACGUUCAAGGUCACUACAGUGAUGCCCUCACAGUCACAUUUGAUCAUGCCAGUCCAGAGAAGACACAGACCGACCUCUUAGACUUUUUACAUUCUCAAGUUAACAAAGCUGAAGUACAUAAUGGUGUGAAGGUUCCUACUGAGUAUGCUGCUAUUCCAUUUGAUAGUUUCACUGUGCAAAAAGUGUAUCAACUGGAAACAGGACUCACUCGCCACCCAGAAGAAAAGCCUGUAAGGAAAGAUAAACGGGAUGAGCUUGUUGAGGUUAUUGAAGUAGCAGUGGAAACUCUGAAUAGUCUUGAAGAUGAAAACAAUAUCCCUAAAAGAACAUAUACAUCUUCUGACUUUAUUGAAGGUAUUUACAGAACGGAACGUGAUAAAGGAACAUUGUAUGAACUGACUUUUAAAGGAGACAAAAAUCAAGAAUUUAAGCGUCUUGUUCUCUUUCGACCAUUUGGACCUGUUGUGAAAGUCAAGAAUGAAAAGCUGAACAUGGCCAAUGUUAUUGUGAACAUCAUUGUCCCUUUAGCUAGAAGAGCUGACAAGUUUCAGCAGUUCAUGCACAAUUUCAGGGAAGUAUGCAUAAACCAGGAUAAAAGAGUCCAUCUUACAGUGGUAUACUUUGGUAAACAGCAGGCCCAAGAGGUGAAAGCUAUACUGGAGAACACAUCUAAAGCAGCAAAUUUCAAGAACUUCACAUUCAUCCAGCUUAACGAGGAAUUCUCCCGUGGAAAAGGAUUAGAUGUUGGUGCUCGUGCCUGGAAAGGAAACAAUGUCCUUCUGUUUUUUUGUGAUGUGGAUAUCUACUUCAAUGCAGAGUUUCUGAACACAUGCAGGAUCAACACACAGCCAGGAAAAAGAGUUUUCUAUCCUGUUCUUUUCAGCCAGUAUAACCCAUCUAUAAUUUAUGGACAUCAUGAUGCAAUUCCUCCCAUUGACCAACAACUGGUAAUUAAGAAGGAUACUGGAUUUUGGAGAGAUUUUGGGUUUGGUAUGACUUGCCAGUACCGUUCAGACUUUAUUAACAUAGGUGGUUUUGAUCUGGAUAUCAAAGGUUGGGGUGGUGAAGAUGUUCAUCUGUACCGUAAAUACCUUCAUAGCAACCUUAUCGUGAUCAGAACAACUGUUAGAGGCCUCUUUCACCUGUGGCAUGAAAAGCGGUGUGUGGAUGAGCUGACUCCAGAGCAGUACAAGAUGUGCAUGCAGUCAAAGGCCAUGAAUGAGGCCUCUCAUGGACAGCUAGGCAUGCUGGUCUUCAGACAUGAAAUUGAGGCACACCUUCGUAAACAGAAGCAAAAGUCCAUUGUCAAGAAAUCAUGAGACAAGACACACUGUGGAUCAUCUCAAGCCUCCACAGCUAAAGAGGAACAUGCAAAAUGUCAAGUAGUCGGUGAAUACAGAAGCAAGGCAGUAGAUGUGUAUGCUUCCUUCUUUCAAUGCUCCUUAAGAAUGCGGCAAGUUUUUAAGAUGAUAGUUGACUGUAGAAACCAGAUGGGACAGGGCUGGCCCUGAAGAUGAGUUUAUAUAAAUAAUUUUGGGAAAUUGCCAGAUACAAAUCAAGAAAUCAUUUGACGUUUACGUCCACUGGACUAGUUGUGUCACAGCUAGGACAUGGAGCCACAAAUGCAAAGAGUAAUUGCAAAAUUUUAACUUUCCUAUAGGAAGCAAGAUAAAUCUGUUUAGUAAGCUGACUCCUCUAUUGGAAACAGAAGAAAACUAUAGUGUGUUUGAUUGUACAGUAUUUCUGAAACCUAGAUUUCAGAGACUUUUUUAUUUUAUUUCAACAUAUUGCUGCAGCAUCUAAAGCCAAAUAUUGUAGAAUAUGCCUGAAUAUGCUUUGAUUCAACAGUGGCCAGAAUCCGAUUGUGCUGGUGCACAGUUGGUAGAUUUUUACAUUGUCUUGAUCUAUAUGAUAAAUAUUUACAUGGCAAAAGCACAAAUGACUGUAUAUUGUGAGUCAUGAGGUCCGUAAGUGAUAUUUUUGUUCACAGGGAGUACACAACAUAUUUUUUAAAAAGCAGAUAGUAUUUAUGGCUGGCGUGAUGAUUCUGAUAGAGCGUUUAGACCACUUCUAACCUCUGAAAUCAGUUUUGCGGAAAGCUAAAAAAAGAAAAACAUUUUAGUCUGAGAUUGCGGAGAAUAUAGUCUUUGUUCUCUGACAAUACGUGAACUCCAAGGAGAAGUGAAUCCUGUAAUUAUGAGGCUGUUAUUACUUAUCUAUCCUACUGGCCCAGAUUUCUCAAAAGGUUCUUGUAUGUAGAACUGAGAAUUCCUGACUGGUGAUAGAGACAGCUAGGAAAGUUUAAAGCUUAGCACUAUGGGAAAUGUGCGUGUAUGUUCCCAACUCAUAGGAUUAAGAAAGAGCACUGGAAUUCUAAAGGCAAUCAUUGAACUUUUACAAGGUGCAUUUUGCUACUAUACAAAUGCAGAAUCCAUACAUAAUCUAGAUAACAAUUUGGUGGAGCAAUGCAUUACCCACCCAAAAUGUCCAUCAACAUUUCCUUAUAAUUUAUGAAAGAUGUUUAGAACUACGUGAUGAGGCCUGUAAGGUAGUAUUUUAAAUUUUAAAACAAGAAAUAUGAGCCCAUCAUAGUUAAGCUGCUUGUAACAAAAUCAAUAUUAGGGUGGUUUAGAAGUCAUUGUGCAAAUAUUUCUAAAUUAUAUUAUUGUUGUCAGCAUAUUUAUAAUUACUUACGCCAGAAACUGGCGUAAAUAAUGAUUAAAACCUCUGAGUUCAGUCUAGCGCAAGGACUCCUGGAGAAGGCAUUUCAUUUUUGACAAGGCCUGUGCUUCGUCAUAAAGUAAAUGCCUCCUCUGGCAGCAACAGUGAUAGCACAUGCUAGCAGAGGCCAACUUGUGUAGGGCAACACAAGUUGGCCUCUGCUAGCAUGUGCUAUGCUUGUCUUGAUAGGGCCUGUACAAGCAGUGGCCAACAUGUGUUGCCACACCUUCAUGUCAGUGUAGACUUGUCUACAACAUGGGGCACUUGUAGGUUUUUCCAGGGCCACUUUAAAUUCUCUACCAUGAUGAAAAACUACCACGUUAAGUCACAACCUGCACUUAUAUGAGUUGGUCACCAUUUUAAAAGUAUUCUGGCUUUGCCAAAAAUUAUCUUUGCAUACUUUUUGCACACAUAUUUUAAAAAGUAGCAUAUUAAUGUAUUAUCACAAAAAAUGUAUUCUUUGAAGUGGAGAGGGAAUCACAUGUCAGUCAUUUUCAUAAGAAAAACAAAAAGAGAGACCUCCUAGAGACAGUGAGAGG